UGGCAUUUUCCCUCUGAGAUUUGCCAGCAGUGUGGGCCGAGAGAAGAGCGAAUCUGAUUUAUUUUAGAGAAGUUUCCUGAUUUAUUUUGGCUCUUUCUGCCCAGUGUUUGGGCUGUGAUGGAAAUGCUGAAGGCUGUCCCUGGCUUGAGCACUGGGAGGAGCUGGGACUGACCCCUCUGAGGGGCUGGGAUGGAUUCACAGCCCAGAAUUCCAUCAUGAGCUGAUAUUUAAAAUCUCUCCACACCCAGCACCUCCUCUGUGCUCCAGGUGUGCCCUGGAGCUCAGGGAAUGCUGCUGAACAGAGAAUUUCAGUGCUGGCCCAGCCAAGGAGCCUCCCCAGCAGUGCAGGGACACCUGGACACCGCCUGGAAGGUGGGGCUGGAAGGGUUUUCCCAUGUCUGAAGCAGAAAAAUCUGUUUUUUGGGCUUCCCAGCAGUCUGUUAGGGCUGUGCUCCCAGUUCACCUCCUCGGAGGCAAAAGGAAUCAAACAGAACCGAGAUCAGCACCCCUGCGACUCCUUUUACAUAAAAACAUUUGCAGGAGCAAUUCGAGAAUGUAAUUUUACACAAAACUGGCUGUGUUUGCCUCGAGUCAGCAUCAGAGCAGUGAUACCGACAGGACCCACAGCUUCCAUCCUCCUUUCUGCCUGCAGCAGGAAAAUCCAAUUCCUUUUUGAUUCCUUGCAGCCCUGUCCCACAGCGCCCUGCCCUGUGCGUGUUCCUGCCCUGUGAACACCCCUGGCAGCCUUUGGGGUGUGACUGCAGCUCCAGACCCUGAAUUCCCCUCAUUUCCAUGGGGAUCCUGUCAGGAAAUCCUGGACACCAGUGCCAUUUCCAUGGUAUCAGGAUCCCUGAGCAGCCUUCGUGGUGCUCAUCAUAAUUUCAUGGAUUUUUUAGCUCCAAAACCCUGCUAGGUCUCUUUUAACUAAAGAUUUUUUUUCCCUUUUCUUUUUUUUUUUUUAAUUUUAACUUGUUACUUUCUUUUUUCCCCAGGUCUUUCUUCUCCAUGAUUCCAUUUAACAGCUUGUGCUUGUUUUAUAGCUCAGCUGGCAGGGCCUCUCCCAAUUAAAAAAUGUAUCCUGCCCAGUGGUCGAUAUCUGUGCCUUUGUGGGAACAUCCUGGAGCAUUAAUUAAAGAAAUUAAUGCCCAGGUACCUCCUUGGCAUGAAGUUCUGUCCCCUUCAGAGAGCACAAAGCUUUCCUAUGGAGUGGGAGAUGUUUCCACUUUCCCAAAUCAGCUCUUCUUUCAGUGCCUGGGAGCUUGAGACAUCCUGAUUUAUGUGUAAAAAUAACUAGACCCUUCUUCCUACCUCAUUCUUUAUUUCUGAGCCUGUUUAGCAUAAGGCUGGGGCUUUUUCAAGUCUCUUAAAUUGUGUAGUUGUGUUUUAGGGGUAUAAAGAAUAAUGUUUUUACACCUCAGUGUUUAUUUGGGAUUGUAGGGGUGAGCUCCAAGUCUCCCUGUGGAUAAUGUGCCUGGAAUCCCUCCUUGGCAGGGGAUGGUUUUAUCCUGCAAAAGUCAUAAAAACAUUGAGGAAUGCUUCUUUUCAUGGAAAUGUUACUGUUAGGAGCAGCCUGGCUGGGCGGCCGCGUCGCCGCCGCGCAGAACGACACCGAGCCCAUCGUGCUGGAGGGCAAGUGCCUGGUGGUGUGCGACUCCAACCCGGCCCCCGACGCCAAGGGCUCGUCUUCGUCGCCGCUGGGCAUCUCCGUGAGGGCGGCCAACUCCAAGGUGGCCUUCUCGGCCGUGCGGAGCACCAACCACGAGCCCUCCGAGAUGAGCAACAAGACGCGCAUCAUCUACUUCGACCAGAUCCUUGUAAAUGUGGGCAAUUUUUUCACGUUGGAGUCUGUCUUUGUAGCACCACGGAAAGGAAUUUACAGUUUCAAUUUUCACGUAAUUAAAGUCUACCAGAGCCAAACAAUUCAGGUGAAUUUGAUGCUGAAUGGGAAGCCAGUGAUCUCUGCUUUCGCUGGGGACAAGGACGUCACCCGCGAGGCCGCCACCAACGGGGUCCUGCUGUACCUGGACAAGGAGGACAAGGUCUACCUGAAGCUGGAGAAGGGAAAUCUGGUGGGGGGAUGGCAGUACUCCACGUUCUCUGGCUUCCUGGUCUUCCCCCUGUAAAGUCCAAUUUUCCUGUGCCGUCCAUCCCGGCGUGGACUCCUCCCUGCCUCUGUCACACCAAGAUCAUUCUGUCACCACGGGAGUGAUGGGUUUUGUUUCCUCUCUACUCAAAACCAAGCUGUGUUAACCCAUGACAUGGUUCUUUAUUGCUUUCCCAUGGGUGAUUUUUUGGAUUCUCUCCACGG